CUAGCAGCCGUUGGAUAUCGAUAGAUUUGCUAGAACCCUAAGCCGCCGAGAGUGAGGAACCCUAGCGGCGUCGGAGCGAGUAGGCGAGGCGCGAUCCCAUGGCUCCAAAGCGGGCAGGAGGGAAAUCGGCCGUGGCGGCGGCGCCUGAGAAGAAGAAGGCGGAGAAGGUUUCAAAUCCGCUGUUCGACAGGAGACCGAAGCAAUUUGGCAUCGGUGGUGCUCUGCCGCCGAAGAAGGAUCUCCACCGCUUCGUCAAAUGGCCAAAGUAUGUGAGGAUCCAGAGGCAGAAGCGUGUCCUCAACCUCCGAUUGAAGGUUCCGCCGACGCUCAACCAGUUCACGAAGACUCUUGACAAGCAUAUGGCUACCUCACUGUUUAAGAUGCUACUGAAGUACAGGCCCGAGGACAAGGCCGCCAAGAAGGAGAGGCUGCUCAAGAGAGCCGAGGCUGAGAAAGAGGGCAAGGCGAUCGAUUCGAAGAAGCCUUUGGUCGUCAAGUAUGGACUGAAUCACGUAACUUACCUCAUCGAACAGGGUAAAGCGCAGCUGGUUGUGAUCGCCCAUGAUGUGGAGCCGAUCGAGCUCGUGCUUUGGCUGCCGGCCCUGUGCAGAAAGAUGGGCGUUCCAUACGCAAUUGUCAAGGGCAAGGCUCGGCUCGGUGCGAUCGUUCACUCUAAGACUGCUACCUGCCUGUGCCUCACAUCCGUCAAGAACGAGGACAAGCACGAGUUCAGCAAGAUCGUCGAGAGCGUCAAGGCCAACUUCAACGAUCGCUUCGACGAGUUCCGGAAGCAGUGGGGCGGUGGCGUCAUGGGUGUCAAGUCCCAGGCCAAGCUCAAAGCCAAGGAGAGGCUAAUGGCCAAGGAAGCUGCCCAGAGAAUGUCCUAGAGAAGAAAAUAUAACUUUGGCACGUACUUUUUUGUCCACCACCUUUUUUGAAGCUUAAUCUAAAGCCCUAAUAUGGUCUA